AUGCAGAAACGAUCGCGAAGAGAGCUGUCACCGCCGCUGCCCAAGGCCGGGAUGAUAGGCGCCGCGGUGGAAUGCCUCCAUGCCGUCCUGCACGAGGUGAAGCUGCAGCAGCAGGAGCUGCAGGCCGCCAUCACCAUGCAUGUGAAGGAUAGCUGCGCGGCGGGCAGCAUGCGCAUGUACACGUUUCUGGAGACAUCCCGCUACUAUCUGCGGUAUGUUCUCAUCUUUUACACGUUGCUCAUGGCAGCCCUUGUGCUGCUGGUAGCGGACCUGUCUGGCUGCCUUGUCACGUCGGUGGCCACUGCUGCAGGCAUCCGUCACCUCGUCCUCGCCAAUUUGCCCGGCACCGCCGUCAUUCCACUCCACUUCAACGCGCUACCCUUCCACGACGACGACUGGAUGCGGCACCUGCCAGAGGACACGGCGCUCAGGGAUUUCAUUCUCCCUGAUCGAGAGACACGCGAGCUCAUCCAGUCCACGACGCAGCGCGUCGACUCUCUCAGCCUUCUGCAUCAGCACAUGGGGCAGUUUGCGGACGCAAAGUUCUCGCUGCUGAACCACUUCGUUAACAGUCACCUGGCCUCCACCACCAUGCACAUCCCUCGCACCGCCGCCUCGGCAGAGGUCUUCUCUCCGAGGGGAGGUGUCAAUCUCGAGCGUCUCUUCCAGCUAGGGCCGGCCAUGUUCAACGCGAAGGGCGAGUACACGGCCAAGAUGCAGGUGGUGCUGGCGAAAGAGGAGGUGGGCCGGGAUGUAUUACUCAUCCUGGAGUCCGCCAUGCUCUUCUCCGAGGACGCCAUGGCCGUGCAGUCCGUUGCUCAGUUUGACGUUCUCUUCACGAAAAGUACGUCCGUCACGGUGCGCACCGGACCGCUGCACCGGUCGUGGCUCGUGCUAGUGCUGGAGAAGGUGCUGCGAUUUUGGUUCUGCCUGCCAGUGUGGUCGUACGAGUACCUAGUAGGCGUGCUGCGCCAGCAGGAUAGCGCCCCGUUUCCGCCCAUCGACUCGUCCCGCGAGGUGGCGGUUGUGCUGGAAGUCUACCACCGCUUCACGCCUCCUCUUGAUCUGCAGCCCCGCUUGCGCGCCAUGAACUUCACGCUCUACCAGCUCCCCGACGCCGGUGCACCCUCACGCGUGAAAGUGUCGCGGCUCAUCUUUUUCUCCACCGUGCAGCUCACGGGAGUGGCACGGUGGCUGACCGCCUACCCCGUCUCCACAUUUCUGCUACUCGUCGUCAUCCUCUUUGCUGCAUCUGCAGUGGCGAGCGUCGGCGGUCUACUCGGGCUCCUCGUCUACGCUUACUGGCGCUGGCACCGCGAGCAGCCGCUGGAAUCGUUCGACGAGGACGACUCGGACGAGGAGUUCUUUGCCCCGCCGCGCGAUGUCCCUGCUACGGUGGUGAAGAGCAUGCCGUCUCCACGCUUGCGCCGACACCGCAGCAGCAACGAUUUUCACGAUACCCUCGACACCUCUCAGCUGCGCCGCUCCCAAUCCUUCAACUAUUCCCCAGAAAAGGAAGAGGAGUAG